AUGACGGUUACGGUGCUCACUCGUCAGACAGUUGUAAUUCCACGGGAAUUUCUGUCUUUUGGUAGAAAUAUGUCACGUCUAUAUCAUCGUCAUCGGAAACUGUGUUGCGUGAACAGUUUUCUGUUAGGAAAAUGUUUGUCACCUCCUCUUGUUCUCGAUACGUCGAAUGUACGGAGGGCAUGCCACAGCAAUGACAAAGGCAAAGUAGAAAGUAUUUCUGGUUGUCUAACGUUGCAACAGGCGAAAGAAUUGGCCUUCAAACUCACUUCAGAGGAACGUGACAUCAUCUUAAAGGCUAUACAGGAAUGUAAAUCAGAGGAAGAUAAGGCGAAAUAUCAACGCCAACUGGCAGCUUUUCGAUGGUGCAACGAACUUGGAAGACCCACUAAAAUUCCAUCAUUAGGUGAUGUGGAUGCUACAGGCAAAUAUUGCAAAGUUCCAGAUGAUUGGCUUUUACGUAAAUAUGAGUUACACUUAGUUGAAAAUGUUCCAGGGCCAUCCACAAAAAAUCUAAUAUUAGUUGCAAUUGCGAAUGCAAUUCCGUUCAUCGGCUUCGGUUUUCUUGACAACUUCAUCAUGAUUAUCGCUGGUGAUCAAAUAGAAAUAAUCUUAAACAAAAAAUUUCCAAUAUCGACUAUGACAGCUGCAGCAUUAGGAAACACAGUGUCGGAUAUAAUAGGAAUUGGAUCUGUACAUUAUGUAGAACUUUUUGCACACAAAAUUGGAUUUCAAGCACCAAAGCUUACUUCCAUAGAAUUAAAUCUGCCUAAAACAAAACUAGCUGCAAAUGUGGGACGAGUUAUAGGAGUUACAAUUGGCUGUCUUAUAGGGAUGUCACCUAUACCCAUUUUUAACUAUUUUCAUCAUAGCGGUUGA